ACGACGACGUCGAUCCACCGACAGCGCUUGGUGAAGCCGAUGUGGCCGCGCUCGCCGCCAAGAUUUCACGUUCGCGCCUUGAAAGCUUGGAUGUGAUGCUGCAAGGCGGCUGCGAUGCGACGCCAGUCGUUUCAGUCUUGCCGCAACUACGGGCGCUGACCAAGCUUGCGCUUCAGGGGGUGCAUCUAACAUCGUUCCCGAUACCGCGCCACCUCUGGCAUCUCGAGCUGUUUGAGGUGACCUUCUCGGACACUGCCAUCGAAGCAUUGGCUGCGUUUCUUGCGUCGUCCCCAAAGCUCGUGCAUUUGGAUCUGAGCUACGCCCCGCUGCCAGAUCCACACGCCAACAAAGUCUUUGGUGCGCUGCCGCAAUGGCUCAGUCGUCGAGGAGCGGCGUGCGACGUACGUGUCGCAGUCAAGAGCGAUGCGUGUGCGGAUGCUUUUGCGACGGCGCUCGCUCAGACGCGCAAUUCGCACAAGGUCACGAUCGUGAUUGCGAGUGCUGGUCUUUCGCUUGCCGCCAAGAAGCAACUGGUCGCGGCGCUGGCAUUGACGUCGCGGAUAGCGCUGGAGUUUGUCGGGACCAGUCCUGCCGAGGAGAAAGCGGCACUGGAAGCGUAUGGUCGGGAGCACCAUCUAUAUGGCAAGCAGGACCCUCGUGGCGCCAGGUCGGUUGGGUUUCACUCGCCCUACACCGCGGCUCGUUAAACUUGAAACAUUGAUACUAAUCUUUUUGGG